AUGGAGUCCUCAAGCAUGGAGUCCCCCACCACUUAUGACUAUGAUUAUCAGAGCCUUCUGUGUGAAAGCCAGACCGUCCUGUAUGCUACCUUCUCAAUCACCAUCCUGUACUCUCUGGUGUUAUUACUCAGCCUGGUAGGCAACAGCCUGGUGCUGUGGGUCCUGGUGAAAUAUGAGAACCUAGAGUCACUCACCAACAUUUUCAUCCUCAAUCUGUGCCUCUCAGACCUGAUGUUCUCCUGCCUGUUGCCUGUGUGGGUGUCAGCACAACACUGGGGCUGGUUGCUGGGUGACUUCCUCUGCAAGCUCCUCAGUAUGAUCUUCUCCAUCAGCCUCUACAGCAGUGUUUUCUUCCUCACCAUUAUGACCAUACACCGCUACCUGUCAGUGGUGAGCCCCCUCUCCACCCUAGGUAUCUACAGCCUCCGCUGCCGAGUGUUGGUCAUCACAGCUGUGUGGGCAGCCAGCAUCUUGUCCUCCAUCCCUGAUGCCAUCUUCCACAAAGUGAUUCACUCAAACUGUGUCUAUUCUGAACUCCAGGGGUUCCUAGCCUCAGUCUAUCAGCAUAACAUCUUCUUCCUGCUCUCCAUGGGCAUCAUCCUGUUCUGCUACCUGCAUAUUCUCAGGACCCUGUUCCAUUCAAGAUCUAGAAGACGGCAUCGGACAGUUAGGCUCAUCUUUACCCUGGUGGCAGCAUAUUUCCUCAGCUGGGCUCCCUACAACCUCAUUCUCUUCCUGCAGACACUGUUGAAAACCAGAGUCAUCCAGAGCUGUGCGUUCAGCCAGCAGCUGGAAGUUGCCAUGCUCAUCUGCCGCAAGUUGGCCUUCUCCCACUGCUGCUUCAACCCAGUCCUUUAUGUCUUUGUCGGGGUGAAGUUCCGCAGACACCUCAAAAGUCUCCUCCAGCAGGCCUGGUUGUAUCGGCCACAGACACCCAGCCCUGCUCUGGCACCCCAUCCCCCUGGUGCUUUUGCUUAUGAGGGACCCUCCUUCUACUGA